UACUGUCGUAAAUCACCCGCUCAGCUUUACGGCAGAUAAUAGGCCAGUGUGGACUGUACUGAGUAAUGGCAGGAACAGACACGAGAUAGUCCACGAACUUGACAAUAUUUCCACAUUUAUCGGGUACCAGCAGUCGGACGGACGCCUGUCUUUGCCGUCGUUUGCUGUGAGAGGCUGAUUUCGACCCCGUUUUCUGUCACCAUUUUAACUAUAUGCAGUGGAAUGGCUGAAGUGCCGCCUGGGCCUAACGCACUGCCUUCAUCCCCGAGCGAGAUCACAUCACUGCCCGUGGACGGGUGCACCUUACUGGGCAACAAUGGGGGACUGGACAUCAUCACCCCCGGCCCGGGACCACACCAGCACGCCAACGACCAUAAAGCGAUCGUUAAAUCAAACCAGAACAACGUGCACCCCAACGCGUCAUGCGCCCAGUUCCACUCAGCCCAUCUGAACGGGAUCCAGUGUAACCACACUCCCCUCCAGAACCACGUCCAGCACCGAGCGUCCGACAAUCAAACCGGCGCUUCUGAUCAUCAUUCGGGCGGCACCGGUGAAACGCAAGGCGAUCACACGGAUAAAAACAAUUUAACGAGAAAGAAACGUUGUAGCGAUAUAUCACAGACCCAAUCGCCGCCGAACAACGGUAUAAACUGCACUGAUAGCAUGGCUAUAACGGAAAGCGGCUCUUGUCAGCCGCAGAAUGAUGUAAGUAGCAGGACUGGCUUGAUAGAUCAGGGUCGAGCGGUCAUGGACGGGGGAGAGCUAGGCCCGGGCCCGCAGGGCGCUGGAGUAGAGCAGGCGGCGGCGACUGACAGUUCCCCGGUGGCGGAGAUGUCGAGGCUCGCGCUGGAGGAGCACGACGAGUCCAUCAGAUACGUGAGAUACGAGUCUGAGCUACAGAUGCCUGAUAUUAUCCGCCUCAUAACUAAAGACUUGUCUGAGCCCUACUCCAUAUACACCUAUAGGUACUUUAUUCACAACUGGCCUCAGCUCUGCUUUCUGGCCAUGGUGGAGAAAGACUGUGUUGGUGCCAUUGUAUGUAAGCUAGACAUGCAUAAGAAGAUGUUCCGUCGGGGAUACAUUGCCAUGCUCGCUGUGGACUCCAAGUUUCGCAGGAAAAGCAUUGGAACCAACCUGGUGAAAAAGGCCAUCUAUGCCAUGGUAGAGGGAGAUUGUGAUGAGGUUGUGCUCGAGACAGAAAUCACCAACAAAUCAGCCCUGAAGCUCUAUGAGAAUCUGGGCUUUGUCAGGGACAAGCGGCUGUUUAGAUAUUAUUUAAACGGAGUGGACGCACUUCGGCUCAAACUCUGGCUUCGCUAAAUCCAACGAAGGGGUUCCUCAAGUCUUUCUUCAUCCCUCUGGCCUCCUCUUCCUCUGCACCAGCCCAUUUAUGGCUCAGAUCACCUGCUUCCCCUGACUAGAAAGACACUCGACCUCUGCUGAGCCAAGAAGGGGAAACUCUGAGGGGAAAAAUUCAACCGAUCAUAAUAAAGUGUUUUACGAACGUUUUGUGCGAAACAGAGAUUAUUACAAAAAAAGAAGAUACAGAAAGUUGGGUACUAAUAUUACAGUGACACUGAAAAGGUAAAUGUGGUGGAUCUGCUCUCAGAUGUCGAUAGCCUCACGUGUUUCCGUCGGGCGGUGGAGACCGGCCAGAACAGCUCGACUGUCGGCUUAAAGAAAGCAGAGUGCACCACACCUGUUGUUUAAUUUUUUUAUGAACAAUCACAAACCGGGAUGGAAAUGUGUUUAAGCUGACUCAAAGAAAACUACUCUGGAAGUUAAUCUUUUUUUUCUGUUGUUUUAUUGUUUUUCUUCUAAAUGAGGGUGCACGGGAGCAUUGCAGGUUGUGAUCGUACUGGAGCUUGUCGCUUUGUGUUUGUGGGGGUCUGCGGUUUGGUUUAUUUUAUGUGUUUAUUUUAUGUUCGGGAAAACACUGAGCAGAACUCUGUCCGCUUUAGAAGUUUGAUCGAAGUGACUUUCUUCAAGACAAACUAGCGUACGUGAACGCACAGACACGUUAACCUGAAUACUGCGAAACAAUGUGGACGUUGUCUCUGCUCUUUUAAGGCAGUCAUAUUAGUUUCCUCACAGUAUGCCAUAUUGAGUUAUGUGAAUAUUUUUGUGUGUGUGUUUGGAGGCAAUUGUUUGAUUCCAUUUUAUGCUACUUAAAGCAAAUCCCACCAAACAGUUUGGCUUGAAGUGUUUUGGUCAGCUAGUCGAAUGAAAGUGAAUUACCAAAUGGUCCAAUAAGUUGUUCCUGCCUGAAAGUGAGUAGAGUAUUUAACAUUAUUUUUUUUCAAUGACUUCAACCACAGUGUUUAUAGUAUCAUUGAUACUCCCUGUUGACAUUUGACCUGAAUUUAGAGAAUUUAUUUGAAAGGUAGGAUUUUUGAAGCAUCAGAAACGGUUAGAGAUUUCCAUUGGCAUUGGUGGUUGAAUUGAUUGCAAAAGCAUUUAGUACUCCUUUCAGUUACUCCUACAUCUAAACCAAAACAUAUGAACCUCAAACAGAUGCACUUCUCGUUUUUGCACUGAUUUAAUAGGGUGAAAUUCCCUUGUAAGCCACUGCCUUAGUUAAACAGUAGGGGGCAGCAUAUUUAUCUCAUCAGUUCUCUCAUGCUAGGUGGUUCAGUUUAAAGCUAGUUGCUUUAAAGAGACCUAUUGGGCCUGGUUUAUGGAACAUAAGUAAAUCAUGUCAUCAUUGAUCAUAUGCAAAACAACGUUGUGUUUUAGAUUUGUGUGAUUAGGAGAGGAAAAUGAAGGUGGUUUGUGAGGUUAUUGUUUUUAUUGGAUUGUAUUUAAAAGUAGUAUGCUGUGGCAGGUUGUGCCAUCACUCACCCGCAUCGUAAUUUGUUUGUGUCAAGGCAUUUGAAAACAUUGGUUUGUGUUCCCAUUCAUUGCCAAUGGCCCCCUCGUUGCUUAACUGCUGGCUCACGAGUUCAUGGAAAAGAAAACAUUGCAUUUUUUGCUGGUUUGAGUGGGAAACAGGUUUUUGAUUUGCUAAAUGUAUAUAUGGAAGUUUGUUUUGUCGUUUUUGAAGAUCGGUUUUUCCCCACAGAGCUCUGUUGAAAUGAAUAUGCUAUAUAAAUGUACGCUUAAAUUUACCUGUUUUGCUGAUGGAUGAUGCAUCUUUGAUUGUUUUCUGUUUUUCGUAUUAUUUUUAGUUUAGCCUGAAUUCUAGUACAUCUCCCAGAAAUGUACCCCCCCAAAUCUGAACAGCACCUUUGACAUGCCAGCACGGCUCAGGUUUCUGUUCAGUUCUUCUUUCACUUUUCAAGGGGCAUCUUUCAGUGGUUGUCACAGUUUACUCUUUAAUUCCUUGUUUGUGUUUAAAACACUUCUAUGGCCUUCGAUAGCGGUUGAAUUGGCGAUCAUUAGGUUGUUUCUUUUACAAACACACCAUCUUAAAAAUCAGAUGGCAGAUGUGAAUUUAGUUCCAAGUUUAACACAAGAUGCCAACUUAGACAGUCAAUAGUGCAAUUUUUGCCAUCCUUGCUGCCUGCAUUCUCAUAUGGGUUGAAUGCUUAAGAUUGUGGUUGGCAUGACUGAACGUGUUUUUUGCACUGCCAUUUUUUGACUUUGUGGUUUAUUACUGUAAGCAGUCCAUUGGAGGUUAUGUCCACAAACAUUGACAAUGAUCAGCUGGCAGGUUCUAGCUGGGUAGGAUCUCAAAUGACAUGGACACUAAUCUGCAGAAAUCUUUCAUGGUGGAAUCAUUCAGUAAAGGGACUAAUUUUGAAUCUGCACUUGUGGCUAACUCUCACCAUCUUUAAAGGUGGAAUUUAUGUUGUAGUUAGUGACGCUCUUGUAUUUUCAGCUGAUGAUCUGGACAAGCGAGACCUGCACCUCUAACAUGGAUCCAUUCUGUUGGGGAGAAGAAAAACUGUUUGCAUGUUGAUGACAUUUUUCUCCACCCCUUCUUUCUCCCAAUGUCACACCAGACAAAAUGUCUUGCAAAGUUUCGUUGUUUUCAAGUGGACAACAGACCUGGUUUAAAAAUUAUAAAUAAAUUAUUUGAUUUUUAAGCAAA